AUGGAUUUUCUUCUCGGGGACUUUUGCUUGUCCUGCGACCGACAGACCAAUGGUACAGCCUUCUGUUCCUCGGCCUGUCGUCUCACACAACUGGAUCACUUUACCCUGGCCGAAUCCACCAAUUUUUCUUUGGGUGACACAAAUACCAAAACAUCCUCCACCUCCACCAACCUCGUACAACGACCGUCCUUGUCUCUAUCCACCCACGGCUUCUACCUUCCACCAGCCUACGAUUUCUCCAUUCAUCGAACAUCCUCUUCCAAUUCUCUGUCCAUGUCCUUGACCUCUCGACCGCACAGUCCCAAGUUGUCUGAACAGGCUCAAAACGAUCUCAAAGACUACGUUGGAUCUUUCGAUCAGACAAGAACACUUCGACGACGAGUCUCGAUGCAAAGCAAUGAAGACAUGAAGACCUCGUCCAGGGCUUGA